AUGCUCCAGUGUAGAAUUCCUGAGGAAGGCACAGUAUUGCCUAUCGUACUGACAAUCCUCAAGAAUACUAUCAUAUGUAUUUAUUCAUGGUUGGAGGCUCUGGUGACACUCUUCAUUCCCAAGAGAAGGAAAUCUGUUUGUGGAGAAAUUGUUCUCAUCACUGGUGCUGGGCAUGGACUUGGUAGAGCAACAGCUUAUGAGUUUGCCAAACGUCAAAGCACACUGGUCCUUUGGGAUAUCAAUAAGCAAGGUGUGGAGAAGACAGCUGAGGAAUGCAGAAAGGUGGGGGCCAUUGUACAUGGAUUUGUGGUGAACUGCAAGAACAGAGAGGAAAUCUACACAGCUGCAGACAAGGUGAAAAGAGAUGUUGGAGAUGUUAGCAUCUUGGUGAAUAAUGCUGGAGUGAUAACAACAACAAAACUACUUUCAACCAAGGAUGAGCAGAUCCAGGACAUGUUUGAUGUCAACAUUCUUGCUCAUUAUUGGACAACUAAAGCAUUCCUACCAGCAAUGAUUAAAAACAACCAUGGGCAUAUUGUCACAGUUGCUUCUAUUUCUGGACAUGUUGGUAUUCCGUUCACUGUGACCUACACGUCAAGCAAGUUUGCUGCUGUCGGAUUCCAUGAUAGUCUGAAAGCGGAGCUACGUUUUUUGGGAAAGGAUGGGAUCCAAACAACAUGCCUGUGCCCCUCUAUUAUCAAUACUGGCUUUUUCAAGAUGAGAAAAACACUAAUGAUUCCUGUGUUAAGUGCUGAGGACACAGCCAAAGAUCUGAUGGAAGGAAUACUUACAAACCAGAAAAUGGUUUUCUCUCCAUCAUGGAUAAAAUUCAUUCUAAAUUUUUCAAGGUUCCUACCAGAACGUGCUUAUAAUGCUAUUCUGGAUUCCGAAAAAAUUAGCUAUUACAAGCUGUUAUGA